GCGCGCCAUGGCGGGGACCCCGCAGCUGAAGAGGAAGCGGGCGGAGGAGGAGGGCGAGACUGAGAAUGGCGGGGCCGCCGCCGCCUUCUCGCUGUCCGACCUGCGGGUGCGGCGCGUCCUGCGGGAGUCGGCGCGGGACAAGACCAUGUUCCUGCAUGCGGAGAGGAUUGGCCUCUCUGGAGAGGGGACAGAUGCUGUAGUCAUCCUGGAAAAGACUCCUUUCCAGGAAGAGAAGAUCCCGGACUUGCUGAAGAAGCCGAUGAAGGCGGAGUUGCAGAUGCAAAAUGACAUUUACUGCACGUUCUACCUGAGCCCUCCCCCGGAGCUGAGCGAGAUCAAGGCCACGGUGGUGUACCCUGCCACGGAGAAACACAUCCAGAAGUACCUGCGGCACGAGGUGCACCUCAUCCGGGAGACCUGGGAGGAUUACCAGAACAUAACCCUGCCCUUCAUCCAGUCCCAGAGCUUCAGCAUCCAGUGGGUGUAUAAUAUCCUGGAGAAGAAAGCUGAGACCGAUAGAAUUGUCCAUGAAAACCCAGAUCCUUCCAAUGGCUUUGUUCUGGUUCCAGAUUUAAAGUGGAAUCAAAACCAGCUGGAUGACCUGUACCUGGUGGCCGUCGUGCACCGCCGGGAGAUCAAAUCUCUGCGGGACCUCACGGCCGAGCACCUCCCGCUGCUGAGGAACGUCCUGCAGGAAGGCAAGGAGGCCAUAGCGAAGCGGUUCGGGGUGCCAGGCUCCCAGCUGCGCAUCUACCUGCACUACCAGCCCUCCUACUACCACCUGCACGUGCACUUCACCGCCCUGGGCUACGACGCGCCGGGCAGCUCCGUGGAGAGAGCCCAUCUCCUGGCCGAUGUCAUCGACAACCUGGCCGGGGACUCCACCUUCUACCAGAAACGGGCCCUGACCUUCCCCCUGCGGGCUGAUGAGCCCCUGUUUAAGAAAUUCCAGGAGGCAGGAAAAGUGUGAGCAGGCAGAGGUGCUUUUGUAUCAUAUUUUUUUAAUGAAUAACCCUUUUGCCAGGGUUUUUUUUUGUUUGUUUCUUUGGGUUUUUUUUAAGGUUUUGUUGCAUUUACGGUUUUUUAACUGUGUUUUUGUACAAGAUGGGGCUGAUGAUCCUUUGCUAUGGAAACUGUGUUGUCUGUUGAAGUCCAUUAAAACACUGAUUGAAUAAA